AUGUCUGCCACGUCUACCGCAAGCAAGCAUCGCCCUCGAAGCAUUGACUACGUCCCUAGAUUGAGUUGGAAGGAGGCCAAGAAGAUGCUCGUGCCCUUUACUUUAUACAAGGCGCUCGAGUACCCGGAUGUUGGAGGCAUCCUUGUAUCAGUACCGAGUCCGAAAGAUCUCCAAUGCCAAAAGAAUCUAGACAACUUCGAAAAUCUCAAGAAAAGCCAGUUGGUUGUUCCUGUCAUGCCCCAUAUUUACAAAUAUCGCGAUGCACAACAGCUAGCAGAUGUGUUCCUCGCCAAGCAACAUCGUCUCUCUAGGAUCUCUUAUACUAUCGGGGCUUUGGAGGAUUAA